AACACCAUGUUGCCUGAAGCGGUGGAGAAACUGAAGAAGACAGGACUCCAAGCUGCUCCUCCCGUUCAUUGUUACGCUGGACCUGGAGACGUGGCGUGUGAUGUCUGCACUGGGAGAAAGCACAAAGCCAUCGAGUCCUGUCUGGUGUGUCUGGCGUCUUACUGUGAAACUCACCUCCAGCCUCACUAUGAAUCUCCUGCCUUUAAGAAGCACAAACUGGUGAAAGCCACUGGAAACCUGCAGGAGAAGAUCUGCUCUCAUCAUGACAAAGUUCUGGAGGUUUACUGUUGUACCGAUCAGCAGUGUAUCUGUUAUCUGUGUGUGAUGGAUGAACACAGAGGCCAUGAUACAGUCUCAGCUGCAGCAGAAAGGACUGAGAAACAGAAGCAGAGAAUCCAGGAGAGAGAAAAGGAGCUGCAGGAUCUGAGACAUGCUGUGCAGUCACUCAAGCGCUCUGCACAGGCAGCAGUGGAGGACAGUGAGAGGAUCUUUACUGAGAUGAUCCGCUCCAUUGAGAGAAGGUGCUCUGAGGUGAAAGAGCUGAUCAGAGAUCAGGAGAAGGCUGCAGUGAGUCAGGCUGAAGGACUUCUGGAGCGACUGGAGCAGGAGAUUGCUGAGCUGAGGAGGAGAGACGCUGAGCUGGAGCAGCUUUCACACACAGAGGAUCACAUCCAUUUCCUCCAGAGCUGUCAGUCUCUCUGUGCCCCUCCUGGACCUGGAGACUUACCCAGCAUCACUGUCAGUCCACACGUCUCUUUUGAGGCUGUGAGGAAAUCUGUCUCUGUACUGAAAGAGCAACUGGAAGAUGUCUGCAAUAAAGAAUUUGUCAAAAUCUCCAAUUCAGCCAAUGUCUUUGUCCUAGAGCCGCUAACCAGAGAAGACUUCAUUCAAUAUGCCUGUGAGCUCACACUGGACCCCAACACUGCUCACAGAGGCCUCCGUCUGUCUGAGGGGAACAGAGAGGUGACCAUUGUGGCAGAGAUCCAGUCAUAUCCUGAUCAUCCAGAGAGAUUUGAGGACUGGAAUCAGGUGCUGUGCAGAGAGGGUUUGUCUGGACGCUGUUACUGGGAGGCUGAGUGGACAGGGAAGGGUGUUUAUAUAGCAGCUGCAUAUAAAGACAUCAGCAGGAAAGGAGAGGGCACUGACGCUGGUCUGGGGGCCAACGCAAACUCAUGGACUUUGUGUUGCUCUCCAUCCAGUUGCUCUCUCUGGCACGAUAAUUCACGAAUUAAAGUCCCUCCCCCCCCCUCCUCCAGAAUAGGAGUGUACCUGGAUCACAGGGCAGGAACUCUGUCCUUCUACAGCGUCUCUGGCACAAUGACCCUCCUGCACAGAGUCCAGACCACAUUCACUCAGCCCCUCUAUCCUGGGUUUAGGGUUUGGUCUGACAGCUCCUCUGUAAAACUGAGUGUUCUGGAAUAAGUAAUAAGAAUAUCACCGGGGGGCUCUUUAGACAUUUUGGACAGUGUGGUUCCUCUUGAAAAGAGCUGUAAUUGUAACCCAGAAGUUAUAGGUUUAAAUCCCAUUUGGGGCAUUUCCAGUGCAGCCUUAAGGUGCUUGUCUUAAAUUGUGUUCUCUUAUUUUUCUGGGAGUUAUUUCCUCUCACUGUUAAAAAAUACUCACUGUAAAUAAUUUGGAGAAAUGUACAACUUUAUUGGUUACAUGUUUUACUGUGACCAAUUGACAUGGAUGUACUGUGUGCAGAUCUGGAAAAAUCUGUAAUUUCUUCCACUUUCUCUUUUAUUCUUAUUUUAAAAUCCAAUCAGCUGACUUGUACAAUGCAGCUAAUUGCCCAGUGCUUCCUGUAUGAUUUAAUCUGUAUUCAUCAUUUUUGUCUCGAUUAAAUAAAAUUUGCAUUCUUGUUUUU